AUGGAUGAGGAAUACGACGCAAUCGUUCUCGGAACAGGUCUUAAGGAAUGCAUCAUCUCGGGGAUGCUGUCCGUAUCGGGCAAGAAGGUUCUUCAUAUUGAUAGAAACAACUACUAUGGAGGAGAGUCGGCAUCGUUGACUCCAUUGGAGCAACUGUACGAGAAGUUCAUGGGUCCGAAUGCCAAACCCCCUCCAGAAAUGGGGCGUGGCCGUGACUGGAAUGUGGACCUUAUUCCAAAGUUUUUGAUGGCUAAUGGCUCCUUGGUCAAACUUCUCAUUCAUACUGGUGUUACGCGUUACUUGGAAUUCAAAUCGGUUGAAGGAUCGUAUGUCUACAAAGGGGGCAAGGUGUACAAAGUACCGGCAGACGAAAUGGAAGCCCUGGCUACCAGCUUAAUGGGGAUGUUUGAGAAACGCCGUUUCAAAAAAUUCUUGUGCUGGGUACAAGGAUUUGAUAGAGUCAACAAAGACACCUGGCAGGGACUCGAUCCUGAUAAUAACACCAUGCAACAAGUGUACGAGAAGUUUGGCCUGGAUGACAACACUGCCGACUUCACUGGUCAUGCUUUGGCCCUUUAUCGAGAUGACGAUUAUAAGCAACAGCCAUUUGGGCCUACUGUCGACAAAAUUCGGCUAUAUUCGGACUCGUUGGCUCGCUAUGGAAAAUCACCAUAUCUGUAUCCAUUAUAUGGUCUCGGAGAGCUACCUCAGGGUUUUGCUCGUUUGUCUGCAAUUUAUGGUGGCACUUACAUGCUGGACAAACCUGUAGACAGUUUAGUCAUAGAGAAUGGCAAAGUAGUUGGUGUGAAGUGUGGUGAUGAGACUGUUCGUGGAAAGCAGGUCUAUUGCGAUCCAUCUUAUGCAAUGGACAGAGUGAAGAAGGUCGGACAAGUUGUCCGUGCUAUCUGUCUUCUAAAUCAUCCGAUUCCUGGAACAAAUGACGCUCAGUCCUGUCAAAUCAUAAUUCCGCAAAAACAAGUUGGACGACAUUUUGAUAUCUAUAUAUCUUGCUGCUCCAAUACCAAUAUGGUAACGCCAAAAGGGUGGUUUGUCGCUAUGGUGUCCACUACAGUGGAGACAGGCAACCCAGAAGCCGAAAUUCUUCCUGGAUUACAACUAUUGGGCACUAUAACCGAGAAGUUCAUCUCGGUCUCAGAUGUCUAUGAGCCAACAGACCUCGGUCACGAAUCGCAGAUCUUCAUUUCACGAUCGUAUGAUCCCACAACUCAUUUCGAAACCACGUGCAAGGAUGUACUCGAUAUUUUCCAACGCGGAACGACACAAGAAUUCGACUUCUCCAAGAUUACGCAUCUCAGCCUUGAAGAUAACGAGUAACAUCGCAGGAGUUGUGAUCGGAAGCAUUCGCAUGGAGCUUGUCACGUUGUCCAUUCAUUCAUCUUUACACUUAGUCAACUUUGCAGUAGACGACCUCCCCCUCUCAGCAGGGUUCCCUUCUCUGUCUUUGUGGCCCAAACGUUCUCCUGCAUUGUAAAUCGUCUCGGUUUGUUAACGCUGUUGUCUCGCCUCCCCAGUUGUGUUUGUUUCCUCUGAACAUUCUUUGGUAAUGAAUUUAUAAGUUAUGUAAAGGCGGCUGUGCUGUCGUUUUUUUUCUAUCGCUUCGCUGGUUCAGUAAAGUUGUGCAUUGG